AGAUGUCAAAGGCUGAAGCUGCUCCCUUUGCCACAUUAUAACUAGUAGGGGAUCCUCAUCGACCAUGGCCACAGCUGCCUCGAAUCCCUACAGCAUUCUCAGUUCCAGCUCCCUGGUCCAUGCGGACUCUGCGGGCAUGCAGCAGGGGAGUCCUUUCCGAAACCCUCAGAAACUUCUCCAAAGUGAUUACUUGCAAGGAGUUCCUAGCAAUGGGCAUCCCCUCGGGCAUCACUGGGUGACCAGUCUGAGCGACGGAGGCCCAUGGUCCUCCACACUGGCCACCAACCCUCUGGACCAGCAGGACGUGAAGCCCGGGCGAGAAGAUCUGCAGCUGGGCGCGAUCAUCCAUCACCGCUCGCCGCACGUCGCCCACCACUCUCCGCAUACUAACCACCCGAAUGCCUGGGGGGCGAGCCCGGCUCCGAACCCGUCCAUCACGUCGAGCGGCCAACCCCUUAACGUGUACUCGCAGCCGGGCUUCACGGUGAGCGGCAUGCUGGAGCAUGGGGGGCUCACUCCACCGCCGGCCUCCGCCUCCGCACAGAGCCUACACCCAGUGCUCCGGGAACCCCCAGACCACGGCGACCUAGGGUCGCACCACUGCCAGGACCACUCGGACGAGGAGACACCAACCUCGGAUGAGUUAGAACAGUUCGCCAAACAGUUCAAACAAAGAAGAAUCAAGUUGGGCUUCACGCAGGCCGACGUGGGACUGGCGCUGGGCACACUCUACGGCAACGUGUUCUCGCAGACCACCAUCUGCAGGUUCGAGGCCUUGCAACUGAGCUUCAAGAACAUGUGCAAGCUGAAGCCGCUGCUAAACAAGUGGCUGGAGGAGGCUGAUUCGUCCACGGGGAGCCCGACCAGUAUUGACAAGAUCGCCGCGCAGGGCCGCAAGCGCAAGAAGAGAACCUCCAUUGAGGUGAGUGUCAAGGGCGUACUGGAGACGCAUUUCCUCAAGUGUCCCAAGCCUGCCGCACAGGAGAUUUCCUCGCUGGCAGACAGCCUGCAGUUGGAGAAAGAAGUGGUACGUGUCUGGUUCUGUAAUCGAAGACAGAAAGAGAAAAGAAUGACUCCACCAGGGGAUCAGCAGCCACAUGAGGUUUAUUCGCACGCUGUGAAAACAGACACGUCCUGCCACGAUCUCUGA